AACUUGGAGCAACUUCUAAAGGUUAGGAUCGGUCACAUUAUCUUCAUAGACAGAGAAAAAAAAACCUUGACUUCUUGAGGGUGUUGUUGAAUGGAUACAAUGCCUACUACAUUUAUACCGUCAGGAAACAAGCCAUUAAUCGUAAGAGGCACAAUUCAAGAGUCAUUCCACGACUCGCUGCCAAACACAAGUAGAUAUGCAUGGCCUACUAAAGAAGACCCUAGGCCGUCUAGCCGAGCAAGUUUCCCAAGCCGUGCCAGCAAAAACCCGUUCUUUGCCAGGCAUAAUCCUCAUCCUCAAAGAGUCAGGCAUCUAAAAGGUUUGCUAGAUGUUCCAGUUUGUACGGUGAUCGACUCGAUGGGCGCAGAAGACGAUUCCAGUCGAUUUUUAGUCUCCACGCCAACGAUAGACCAAAUGAGACAGCGUCCACUCAAAGGGCUUCGAAUGCCUAUCAACGCACAGAACUAUGUUGUUGUACGAGAGAAAGCAAUUCCUUCAAUUGGUUUAGUUCCAAUUACUCACACUUGGAGAGACGAGCUGCGCAAACUGACUGAAGCUGCUGGCUUCAAGACGAAGAAUCCCUACACCAUCACUAAUGCGUACCAAGUACCUGGAUCCAGGCAAGGGUCCCGUCAAGGGGAAAGGCCUCCUCCCUCCAGGAAUGGUGAGAACCCACCACCAUCAAGGGGAGGUGAGCGGAUACUACAAUCAAGACAGAUGUCCAGGCAGAGUGAGAGACCUCCUCCAACUCUUCAAGGCAACAUUGAAAAUCGUCCACUUGAACACAUCUCCAUGUUCCCUGACAAUGAAGGAUAUAUGCUAAAUUUUUACAGUGUUUUGCCUGUGGCGCAAUUGAGCCCCUCCCCUUCUGCGGGUCUUAACAAGUUGUUUUCGUACGUCUUCUUUGUAGAAAAGGAACUUGUUCUUGAUAUGGUGCGAGCUGUUACUACAUCUGACCGCGAGUUCAGGGAAGGAUAUAACACAGUGGUUCGUUCACCACCAUAUGAAGAUCAGCUGCUGCAGCAAGAAGCAAGCCUUGACCUUGAUGCCAUCAAGAAGUACAACAAUGAAAAGCAAAUAGAGAAAGAGGAAGAAGAGAAAUUGAAAGAAAUGGCAGAGGAAGACGCUGAAAAACCAAAGAGUCCUAGAUCUGGCUCUCAGCAGGGCUACACUCAGUACAAAUGGACAGCUCCUGGGAACAAACCAAGUUCACCGUUUAUUGCAACUGAAAAGAAAAAUGCACUCGUAGCCGAACAAGCAAGACCAAGGCCUGGAACAGCAGAGGCAGAGAUUGAAGAGAUCCGUAGUCGCCUCCAGUCAAGAUCUUCACCUCGUGUGUUUGCACACCAAAGCCGUCUGAGCAACGGUCGACCGGUCUCACGUCCUCACACACAACAAAGUCUGUACAUCCCUCCUGCUGAAGCACUCAACCAAGUUGCACAAAGACCUCCCAGCCAUCAGUCAAUCAAAAGCCAACAAUCUGUUAUCAAAAGUAUUCUGUCCUAUAAACCACAACAAAAUUAAGAUUGAGUGAAUGAAUAACCGUUGAUACUAAUGAGCACCCACUGCACUGCAACGAUGGCCGUUAUCUUGGCACACGCUAUUAAUAACGAAUUGAAACAUCCUUACCUCACUUAGCUUUACAACAUUUAAGAAUUUCCUAUUUCUAAUCCUUUGAAAAUGCGUGACGGAAUUGCGUGACAGAAUUGCGUGACAGAAUUGAACUUGCAAUAAAUCUAAAACCAAACAUCGAUAAUACAAAAUUAUUUUGAUAGGAGUUUUCUUCUAAUGCUAUAAACAAAAUAUUCGACAAACAGUUUUGUGCGGUGAAUACUUUGGAUUUUAGUUUUUUUGAAGACGUCACGUGAAAACCAAGAAUUGGAAUAGACGUUUUUACCUUGAACAUAAUGUUUUCCCAUCUCAGGCCUCCUGUCAUUCCCUUGAAUAUAAUUUCUUUGUUUAACCGGUUGAACAUGAGAAGACACAUGAAUAUGGGUACAACUCAAACAAAGAAUCUUAUUAUCAAGGGAAUGAAGCGCCCAAGGUAAAGAGGUCUGUUACUUCCUUGUUUGAAUGAGGUUAAUUCAUUAGGAUGCAUUAUCAACGGUGAUUAGAGACGUUUUCGUAUGACUGUGAAAAGCUCACUACACGAACACGGUCAUGACACGGCAAGGGAUACGCCAGAUAGAUCAAAACCCUCGAGAAUUUACACUCCAUGGCAUAAACACAGCGCGGACAUGGUCACGCUCAGGUCACGGCACUGUCCGACUUAUCACAUUGCGUGAGGGAAGAAAUCGGCCAAUUAAAAUUGUAUAUAAUAUCACGGCACGCUUACGGCGCUGAUUUUUCACAGUCAUGCGCGAAAACUGAUCGCCGUUACCUGUGCUUGAAUUUUCAACUUUUUUUUCUUUGUCGGUACUCAAGCUUCGAGUUUUGCGUGAAUAAUUGGCAUUUGUUUACCAAUAUUGAAUUCAUAGUCAUCUUAUACUAAAAGUCAGAAGGACAUGGAAUAAUCAUCUUUGAAAGAUUCAAGUCAAUGUAUGACCUUUUUUACAUUACUAACACAAAGUUGUAUGCAAUAAUGAGGGCAUAUGGUUUACCUUGUAUAUAAAGCUACUAGCCGUCGUAUGAGGGUGAUGAUAUGUGGACCAUAUUUUGGGAAGGAGAGCAGUGGAUCAUGGGAAUUCAUACCUCCCCGACUUCCCAUGAAAAUAAAAUGACUAGUUCACAGGAUAAAGAAUUACCAAGAACAAAUCUUUUGUUCAAGUAAACCAAAAUGGCGAAAAAAACAUGGCCGCCAUGAUGGUUGAAAUGACAAAAGAAACACAGAACAAAAUCUUUUUUUCAAGUCAUCCAACAUGGCGGCUAUGACGUCACAUGCACAAGGGCAAAAGACAUGGCCGCCAUGAUGGUUGAAAUGACAAAAGAAACACAGACCAAAAUCUUUUUUUCAAGUCAUCCAACAUGGCGGCUAUGACGCCACAUGCACAAGGGCAAAAGACAUGGCUGCCAUGUUGGUUGAUAUAUCAAAAGACACCAAGACCAAAUCUUUUGUUCAAGUCAUCCAACAUGGCGGCUAUGACGUUUUAUUAAUUUGAAUUAGAAUGACACUUUGACAAUAGUUUAUUUAAACACGUAUCAUAGAGGAGCUAUCGCUCGUUAAAACAUGAACGUGUUGAACUUCUAAACAUUGGACUAUAUUUCACUCAUCGUUUGGUCGAUAUUGAAUAAUUAGCACCGUUAAGUGCGCAUGCGCAUCCUUAAUAUUUGAAAAUUUAAACUAAACUGAGAGCUUAUUGCUUUUUGCUUGGAUGAGAGUGACCAUGUUGCCAAAUCAUUAAAAUCGGUGUUAUCUGUUUUCGUGUGUACAGUCUGGAUAAUUAAAAUCUAACAUUAAAACCAAUUAAACUGUA